GUAGUAUUACAUGUAUGGAUCUGCAGUACCUUUGCAGGUUAUAUUUGCAUUAAUGCGAGAUGUGGUUGUGUCUUGUCACAAAAUUAAUUUUUCUUUUAGAUAUUUAAAAAUCGAGAACUAUGUAUCCGAAUGAUGAUACAAGUGUUAUAAUUAAAGAUCAUAAGGAAAAAAACGAUAGAAAAAGUAUACGCAAGCAAAAACGCGCUCAUCAUAGACUUCUUAGAGAUAUGAAUAUUAAAUGCUCCGACGAGCCCACGCAAUAUCUAAUGAUAUGCAACGGCGGCUUAGUUACUGGUAUUAAAAGAGAAACACUGCAGUGUGUGUUGGAUGCAUUGAUCUCCAAGUAUAUCUUGAUAAUGCCAUCAGGCAAAUCAUAUUGCUUCAUAACAUGUAACAUGAAAGAGGAUGCGACAUGUGUAUACAAUUAUAUUCAUGGGCGUAUCAAACUCCCAGGCCAAAAUGGUCCACUAUAUGUCUGUUAUACAGAAACAGUUCCUAACAUAGACUACGAUAUGAAAGAUUCUGCAUUUCCACCUGGUCUUACGUUAAUAGAAAAUUUUAUAACAAAGGAGCAAGAAGAGAGUUUGCUGAGAACGCUCGAUUGGGACGGACGCGAAUCUACCUCGUCGCGACUGAAGCACAGACAAGCGAUACACUUCGGGUACAAAUUCGAGUAUGGCACAAACAUUAUCAAUCCCUACAGGCCCAUCACACCGAUUCCGCAAGAUUAUAAGUUUCUACAGACCUUAUUCGACAAACAUGGUCACAAGUACACGUACGACCAGCUGACUAUUAACAAGUAUUCGCCUGGGCAAGGUAUACCGCCGCACGUCGACACGCAUAGUGUCUUCGAGGACACUAUAUUGUCCUUGUCGCUGGGCUCGUCAUGCGUUAUGAACUUUAAACGGACCGAUCGGAAGAUCGACGUGUUUCUGCCAGCCAGGUCAUUAUUAAUCAUGACGGGAGAGGCGAGGUACGCAUGGACACACGGCAUUUCUCCUCGUCGCAACGACGUGAUCGACACGGGGAAUGGUAACACAAUACAGGAACGCGACACCAGGGUGUCCUUCACUUUCAGAAAGGUGCGACGCGCCGGUGAUUGCUGCUGCGAUUUUGAAGAACACUGCGAUACCAAGCGACACGACACUCCUGCCAUCAUUGACGCCAAAGCAGCACUGUGCCUGGAAAACUCAUAUGUGCAUAAGUUUUACGAGGAAAUUUCCAAUCACUUUAGCGAGACGAGACAUAAGCAGUGGCCUAACGUAGCCAAGUUUCUCGAAGAUUUAGAAGAAGGCACGUUGUUGUUGGACGUGGGUUGCGGCAACGGCAAAUAUCUUUGUGGAAAUGAAAAUAUAUAUAAAUUGGGGUGCGACCAUAGUACGGGAUUAGCGGAAAUCUGUCGGAAGCGUGCUUUCGAAGUGUUGCUGUGCGAUUGCCUGUACUUACCGUACCGAGACGAGUCUGCCGACGCGGCGAUCAGCAUAGCGGUGAUCCAUCAUCUGUCCACGCGAGAGCGACGAAAACGCGCAAUCGCCGAGAUGAUGCGGGUGCUUAGACCAAACGGCAAGUGCCUGAUCUAUGUGUGGGCGAAAGAGCAGCAGAGGGAUUCCGCGGAAUCGUUCUAUCUCAAGUAUAGAUCUAAAUAUAAACCCGUAUUCGCAUACAGCGAGCCCGACUGUAGGAUCGCCGAAUGUCAAUUAACGCUGCCGAUUCAAGAGAAUAGGACAAAUUUCGCUCACAGUGACAUGCUAGUCCCUUGGAAGAAGAAGGGUGGCGACCGUUUCCUCAGAUACUAUCAUGUGUUUCAGGAAGGCGAGCUCGCGGAGUUAUGCGCGGAAAUAUCCGCAACCGUGCUCAAGAGUGUCUACUACGAUCAGGGAAAUUGGUGCGUGAUCUUGGAGAAAUGUAAAUAGGUCGAAAUUUAUGGAUGUACAGAGAUGACGAAAUAAAAAUUAGAUUCGUGAUCGAUCGA